ACGUACUGAAAGGUGGAGAGCGAAACAGGUAACGCGAUUCUUCCAUAGUCGCUCAUCGCGUCAUUGGAAUUCUCCAAAAGAAGCUUUCUUGACCGUUAAUAUUAUUGAACAUUAACGCAACUCAGCAGAUGUUAGUGGUAGUUCAUUAAACCGGUACUACCCGACUUUAAUCUGGUUUGCUACGGACGGCGUUUGCUGCAUUGUUGGUGACUCAGAGACGGAACAUUUAGCAACUCGGCUGAAACUCCAGUUCAAGCGGACGUAAAGAGUGACCAUGAGCGAAUGGAUAUCCGCAGACGAGCCGGGACAGGGCAGGGGGCAGUCUGCGCCCCCCUGGGACCCGGAGAAGGACGAGGAGCUGUGGGACAGGGUGGAGGGGGUGAGGCACAAACUCACCCGAAUCCUGAACCCGGCCAAGCUGACCCCGUACCUGCGCCAGUGCAAGGUCAUUGAUGAGCAGGACGAAGACGAAAUCCUCAACUCCACACAGUAUCCCCUGCGCAUCAGCAAAGCUGGGCGUCUGAUUGACAUCUUGCGUGGGCGGGGUCAGCGGGGUCUGCAAGCCUUCAUGGAAUCUCUGGAGUUCUACCAUCCUGAGCAGUACACCCAGCUAACAGGCCGGAAACCUACCCAGCGCUGCUCCAUAAUCCUGGACGAGGAGGGUCCGGAGGGCCUGACCCAGUUCCUCCUGGUGGAGGUGCGGAAGCUGCGGGAGCAGCUGCGCGGGAGCCGCCUGUGCGAGCGCCGCCUGUCGCAGCGCUGCCGCAUGGCCGAGGACGAGCGCAGCCGCGCCGAGCGCAAGACGCAGGAGCUGCGGCACGACCGGCUGCAGCUGGAGAGGCUGCGGCAGGACUGGGAGGCCGGCAGCAGGGAGCUGGCCCGGCUGAAGGAGACACACCUGGAGCAGGCGGUGAAGUACUCCCGCGCCCUGGAGGAGCAGGGCAGAGCCUCCGCGCGUGAGAGGGAGCUGCUGGCACAGGUAGACCAGCUCAGGAACAGGCUGAAUGAGGCCGAGACACAGACAGGGGCCUACCCCGCCUCAGAACCUCCUGUCAGGACGGUCAGCCAGGAGCUGCACCCAGCACACAUUACCCCCACUGUCCAGCUGGAGGAGCCGCUGUGCACUGACACCCACCUCAGGGUCCCCAACGACACACAGGCUCUUCUGGACAUCCUCCAGCAGGACCGAAAGGAGGCGGCAGAGCAGAGGCACGAGCUGUGCAGCACCAUCGCCGGACUGCAGGGGGAGCUGGAGAGCACAGAGGCACACAGGGAUAAGGUGCAGGGACACUGUGAGCAGCUGCAGCAGAGGGUUCGAACCCUGCAGCUGGACCUGGAGACAGAGCAGAAGAGAAGUAUCUCCUAUUUUAACCAGAUCAUGGAGCUGGAGAAGGAGCGGGAUCAGGCCCUGCGCAGUCGAGACAGCCUGCAGCUGGAGUACACUGACUGCCUCCUGGACAAGGACCAGCUCCGCAAGAGGCUAACAGAGCUGCAGGCCAGCAUGGAGCAGCUGCGGAGAGAUCUGGAGACAGAAAAGGAGACCAGCAGAGACCAGAGCGCCCCCUGUCUGCACUGUUCUCACCUGUCUCUGAUCUGUGAGGAUCAGUGCUAUGGACCUUGCUGCUCGCUGGGACUGGCCCUAUCAGACAUCGGGUGCACUAGCCCUCGGUCGGACAGCUCGCAGCUGCUCCUGCGCAAGACUCCCUCUAGUGGCCAAAGAAGUGAACGGUCUGGGGGGUCCUGUUACAAUUCAGAAGAAAAUCUACUGACACCGAUGGAGGACAGUGAGAAGGAGAUCAACAGACUCUCCAUAUUUCCUUUCCCUCCCUGUGUGAACUCCAUAAAUCGCAGAUGCAAUACGGAGUUUGACAUGGACUCCUGGGGCAGUGAUGACAAUCUGUCAGGAGAGCAGAGCGAAUCCUCGCUGUCAGAUUCCUGGAGCUCUCUGAAUUCCCACCUCUUCCCCCCUGACCUGGUCAACCUGCCCUCCACCCCCCCACAGAGACCUUCCCUCAGCACAUUUGGGGUGGCGUCCCUCCCCCCGUCUCCGGCGCCGAACCGUCCCAAAAAAGGCAGCCUGGCUGAUGACAUUACCAUCACGGGGGGUAAUCGCACCGGGAUAUUCGUUCGCAGCGUGAGGGCGGGGUCACCGGCAGAACAGUGUGGUCUGAGAGAGGGCAGUGAGUUACUGCAGCUGGAGCACGUGCUCUUUGGGGGGGACAGCGUGCAGUUUGGACAGUGCACCAGCGAAGUGGCGCAUUUCUCCCUGCAGUGGUGGACUGAGCCCUCCUCCCUCAAACACCAGCUCAACACCGAGGCAUAUUCCAGGCUGUGCGCACAGCUGUCUUCUCCCUCUUUUUCAGGCUGUGACUCCUUUUACGUCAGGGUCAACAUAGACAUAGACCCCCAGGGUGACCCCGCCUGCCUGGGGGUGCGCUGUGAUGACAUCCUUCAUGUCACGGACACGGUCUACAACGGGAAAUACCAGUGGUGCUGCGCCAGAGUCCACCCCCACACCGCAAAGCCCCUGCAGACCGGGGUCGUGCCCAACUACAACAGGGCCCAGCAGCUGUUGUUGGUCAGGCUACGCACUAUGGCUCUGGGGCAGAAAGACUCGAAGAAGAAGUUCUCCAAAAAGUGUCCUGAGCGCGUGCGGCUGGUGAAAGCGGUGUCCCCCUGCUGCCGUGGGAUUGGCUCCUCCCUACAGGUCCUCUACACUCUCAGCCACCGACAUGAGGAGAAUCUGAUCCCGUACAGUAUGGUGCAGAAGGUGUCAGUCCUGUCCAAGAGACCUGUCAUUUUCUCCCCGUCACUGCUGUCCCGUGGUCUGAUAGAGAGACUGCUGCAGCCUGCUGAGUCUGGACUGGCCUUCAACACCUGUCAACCAGAGCCCAUCAGUGCUGCAGACAGAAAGGACAGGAGAGUGUUCCCUCUGAACCCGUCCUCAUCAGGGCAGCCCCUGGGUGUCCGACUGGAGUCCAUUCAGGAGGUCAUAAGCCAGGAUAAGCACUGCCUGCUGGAGCUGGGUUUGAGCAGCGUGGAGGGGCUGCUCAGACAGGGCGUGUACCCCAUAGUUAUUCACAUCCGACCAAAGGAUAAAAAAGGCAGGAAGUUCAAGAAGCUGCUCUCUGGAUGGAAGGAGGACGGUGUGAUGGAGCAGGUCUGUCAGGCCGAAGAGCUGCAGCUGGAGAACCUCCCCUUGCUAUACCACACUGUAGAGCCUAGCACCUGGACCUGCACUGAGGAGCUGCUGGGCGCCAUACGCAAGGCCAUACAGCACCAGCAGGGGACAGCACUUUGGGUGGAACAGGACAGACUGCAGUAGAAUGCAGGGGUGCAUAUUAACUACUUCAAUGUUCCGAAAUGCUGUGAAUGCCAUAGACGUGAUCGUUCGGUUCACCCUAAACUCUCCGCAAAGCUUUCCAACGCUGUUCAUAUGCAAUUUCACUAUAAUUGUGGCAAAGUCCUAAAAGCAGGUGACCUACAGGCUUGCUGUGUCGGCCAUCUUUGUUGUGGCUGCUGUUGAUGACAGACUAUUAAAUCUCUGAAAACCCUGGAGAAAGUCAGCUGUCAUAUACAAAUCUUAUGUAUUUUGUAGUAAUAUAGGACAUUCAACAUUAUCUUUGCCAUGAGAUCAGUUGUGUGUGUGUGUAUAUUUAUGAGUGUGUGUAUGUACAAUUAUAUAUAUAUGUGUAUGUGUAUAUAUAUAUAUGUGUGUGUGUGUGUAUAUAUACAUGCACAGAUACACAUACAUAUAUAUUUCAUGAAACGUAUCUGUUGUUCUUCAUAGUGAUAGUGGUAAUUAGCUCAUAUAUUAUUUUCUGGAUAUGAGUUGCUUCUGUUCUCUGUUCUUGAGCUCGCACACAUCCACUCUUUGUCAUACUGGGGGUGUUUUGCAGGUGGGUGUCCCGUUCUUUCAUAAAGCUUCACACAAAUGCUUUGUGAACUGAAUGCAGACCAGGUCCUUCGUGUUUCCCUAGAACAGUCCAUGCCAGGGGCAGCCAGGCUAUUGAGCUGGAGGGUCACCGUUCAGAGUCAGCAGGUAUUUAAUGGACAACAGCCUUUCUUUAGAAAGAGGACACAUUUUCACGAGGAUAGCUCCCGUGCCAACUGAAGAGACCAGGAAUCAUCUAGGUAUUAUUUGUGUGAGUUUGUCGGUUUGCAUUAGGAAUAUUGAUACAAUUUAAUUUGUGAUUUACAGUCCCAGCAUUCAAAGUAGAAAGUAAGUUCAGUUUAACCACAGUGAAUGAGUAUGUUGGGAAAACAUGGAGUGGAGUUGAGCUAGUGGGAGAGAGUAAUGGAGUGUAUCAUAGGCGUGGAGAGAAAGAUAACAGGGAAAGAAGACAGAAACACACAGAUGUCAGAAACAAAAUAAUCCUUUGCUUCCAGUAGAUUUCCCAGUCCAUUAACAGUAUUUUGAAUUAUUUUGCUAAUACCCAUACACAAUAUGUAUUGAUCGGCCCAGAAACAGUUGUGUAUUACUUGCAAAUUGUAGACUUGCAAUAGUUCACUUGUUCCUCAACUCCAAAUAAACAGUGAAUAUUGAACAGUCUCAGGGAUGGUAUUGAAGAAAACUGACAGGAUCAUUCUGGUGCUAGUCUUGAAAAAAAGGGUAAAGUAGCUAUUUUUUGGUCUACAGCUUUCAGUUGGAUGACCUUGUGGAAAAUGACUAAUUACAAACUAUGUAUUUGUCACUUAGUUUUAAUGCAGUAUUUGUCUGUACAUGAUUUAUCCAUGGAGUACAGCCUUCUUUAUUUAGUAAUUUAUAGUAGACUUAGAACAUAAUACACUAUUUUAUAGCAAAUGUUCAGAUCCAAGCAGCUCAGUGUUUAUAUUAGGAAUGUAGUUUAGUGUGUUUGAUAUUUUAUAUUGCAAAGCUGCCACUCAGAAAAACAAUAUUGGGGCAAAACAGUAAACAAGCAAGGUCUUAAGAACAUGUAACUGUGGUCUGCUGGGCAAACUUCAGUUUCUUCUAAAGAGAAGUAAGUUUUACAGACAUAUCAAUGCUAUGCUGUAUAAAGGGAUAAUUAAGUAAACUUUUAAAAUAUCUACACAGACAACAUAAUACCUGUAAAAAAUAAAUAUCUUCAAAAAUGUUUUUAAAAAACUUUUUUUCUUAUGAAGCAUUUUAAUUUAACAGGACUUUUGUGGGCGAAUAAAGGACAAACUGUACAGACACUGAGUGUGAAAUAUGUGUUGGUGACGGUCAGAGUUGUGCUGACUAACAGCUGACCAUGGUCCUUCAGAUAUGCUCACACAACAUUUCAGUCAAAUUUUUAUUUUGAAGUGCAAACCUUACCACAAAUCAACAUCUCAGUGGUUAAAUUUUGCAAGUCUACUAAGGAAAGCAAACAAUACCAUUAUUUAUCAGAAAUAUACAGGGCAGUUGGCUUUUGCCAAAUCAUCGAUUUCUAGAGCUGGACAUUUACUGAUGGCAUGCCAGUUAAUCCAUUGUACAAGGGCACGACUGCUAUGCCCCACCCAGGACUCAAACCUGCAAUUCUCUGAUAAGACGUCCAUUUAUUUUCCCCCUGACACCACACCCCGCAACACUGCAUUACAGAGGUACCAAGCAAGAUAAAUUCUUAAGCGAUGAUUGUUCGAAUGUCUUUUCUCUUUGUCUCUUUUAUGUCAUCACCCCCAAGCAUUUGCAUGGUUAUGAAACCUGUAAAUACGGGAACUCUUGUUUUAUUUAUUUAUUUACGUAUUUAUUUUUGGAGUAAUGCAAUUUCUGUAUGCUUCCUGACUGUAAAAUCUAGAACGUACACAAUUCCACGUGGGAGUGGAGACGCAAACGUACGCAACUUGACCGACUGACACAUAUUUGUCCUGUGAAAUUACGCCAUACCUACUUUCCUGGAUAAUUCCCAUGCAGCCUGUGGUUCUGGGUUGUAAAACGUUUUUGGAAACGAACGCGCGAGACCGCGUGCAGCACUGCAUCGCUCAUCUCGCACUAUGGGAUUUUAAGGCGGCCAUUGACUACGAAGAUUUUUGCACGCCAGUAGCGAUCAGCCUCUCUGAUGUCGAAAAAUUAGUUCUCUUUGUAGGGACUAUGUCCCACUUCUAGCCUACUAGGGCUCAAUUUGCAAACUUUGAACCGCGUGGCUAUGCGCAAGUGAACUACGCUUGAGGCAUUUAUAA